AUGGCGUCGAGAUACAAGGACAAGGACGGCGGCAUUGUCCUCAGCUUUAACGGACAGUGGGUUAGCUGGGCGCAUACAGCCGUAGCUUACACUGCAUUCAUCAGCGCAUUGAUAGUCGGCGUUUCGUUGCAUUACCACAAGAUCGUACAAAAUGAAUUCUAUGGAUACCCUGAUGAGUGGUUCCCAUCUGUCUCUGCGACGAUCGGCGAUCGAUAUCCGGAGCGCUCGUUCUUUAUGAUUUUCAUUGCCAUCACAUCAGGGCCUCGUUUUGCGCUCGUUGGCCUGUGGUACCUUUUAACUCGUAGGCCCAAUUCGAAGCUCCCCGGUUUUGUCGCAUCCAUGGGCUUGCUGCGAACCUUGACUUGUGGCGGCUGGACGUACAUUACAUCUACGGACGACCACGAUUGGCACGAUAUUCUCAUGAUAUCCUACAUCGUUUGCACUCUACCGUGGACGACUGGCUGCAUUGCUCUAAGCCCGCCGAAUCCCUCCGCAAUCCAAUGGCGCAAGCGCCUGGCGGGUGCCUUUUUUGGAACUCUGGUGCCUUUGAUCUACUUCUUCAUCCAACACAAAGUGCACCGCAUAGCUGGAGCUUAUACCACGUACGCCUUCUUCGAGUGGGCAUUGAUUCUCUUCGACGUGGCUUUCGAUGCGGUUACAGCCCUCGAUUUUAAUACCUUUGAGAUUUCGGUGCGGGAUGCCAAAGGGACGAGCAAGGGUGAAAACUACUCCUCUGUCCCAUCUGCAGUUCUGGAGAAAGAAAAGGAGCAGAUUACUGGAGGCUUUUUCUCUAUCCGAUUCACUACUGCGGAUGCUCUCGAUACUGCUGCCAGCGUUUACCAUGGACUAACGUCUUGGCAGUUUGUCUUUUGGUCAAUGCUUACUAGUCUUGGUCUCGUCGUGUGGUACUUCCCGCUAUGGCAUAUGGGCAUUUCCGGCUUCGAAGCCUUUGUUAUGGUGACUAUCGCACCAGCACUAUUGGGACUUGGGCUCGUUCGAUCUUUUGUUGUCAACAACCUGAGACUCAUCCAUCUUUUGUCGCUAUCUGGAGUUGCCGCGUAUCUCGUCCUUGACCCAGUGCUUCGACUGUGCGCCGUUGGACUUGGUGUCGGACUCUCAUGCCUUGGAUGGGCCAGCUCUUUGCACGCGGACUCAGUCCACAAUGUUCGGCUCGAGAGCAAGCUGCUUGGAUGGAUGAUUGGCUUGAUCCUAUCUUCUACCAUGAAGUUUGCGUGGACCACGAACAACCCUAUCUGGCCCAUCAUGCAUGCCGAGAAUGGCGGAUGGAACGGUACUGGACUCGUACUAGGAAUUCUCGCUGCCCUCCGGUUCACAAGGAAGGGCCCACUUACUGGUUCUCUCGCGGAGGAGCCAAAGCAACAAGGCUCCAGCCUCCUUGCUGCUCUCGGCGUUGGCGGCCUGUUCUUUGGUUUGCAUUCGCUGUUGUCUGAUACAAGUACAAUGAUUCUCUGGGUAUGGGAGGGUUUCCCAAUCCGCGGCCCGUAUUUCUCUACACACGGCUGGUUUACUGUUGCUGCUAUGUCUGCAGGCAUCUUCCUGGGUAUCAAUAGACCCGGCCUCGCAGGAAGCUGGCCCCAAUACGCGGUUGGAUUCAUCAGUGCCAUGAUCCUGACCUUUUUCAGCCACUGGUUCGGUUUCUAUGGUGGCCUCGGUCUGGCAGCGUAUCUCAUGGCAGUCUCCGUUCCACUGAUUUCCAAUGCCGCUAAGAAGAACCCAGCGGUUACAUUUGGGCUGGGCUUUUUGGUAUAUAACUUCGUGGUCUUGUUCCACGUAUGGGUUGUUGCCUACGCAUUUGUGCCCGGAGGUCCGCUCGUUCGAGAGCGUACUGACUGGGUGAUGCUUACCAUGAUGUUCUUGAUUGGUGCCGGCGUGUAUGAUUUCAACACAUCACAGCCGCGCUAUCAGCCAGCUCGCCGCUCAUCCCCCUCGCAGCACAAGAAGUAUUUUGGUCUCUCAGCCAUCAUCGUCAAUGUCCUAUUCAUGUGUGCAGCGUUCAGACGAUUCCCCACCAAUGAUUAUAAGCCGUACCAUGCUGAGGAUCGGAUCCUCACGGCGGGCAUUUGGACGAUACACUUUUCUCUGGACAAUGAUAUGUGGUCUUCUGAAUACCGCAUGCGGGAUUUGAUCAAAGAGAUGGAGGUUGAUGUCAUUGGUCUCCUGGAAUCAGACCUUCAGCGUAUCAUUAUGGGCAACCGAGACACGACCCAGUUCCUCGCCGAAGACUUGGGCAUGUAUGUUGACUACGGCCCCGGCCCCAACAAGCACACUUGGGGUGCUGCCCUUCUAUCCAAGUUCCCCAUUGUGGAAUCCAAGCAUCAUCUCCUGCCUAGCCCAGUGGGUGAGCUGGCACCGGCAAUUCACGCUACGUUGGAUGUCUACGGCCAACUUGUUGAUGUCUUCGUUUUCCACUCUGGCCAGGAGGAAGAUCCCGAAGACCGACGUCUUCAGUCUGAGUAUCUUGCAAACCUCAUGGGAUCGACGGAUCGGCCAGCUUUCUUACUUAGUUACCUGGUGACAGAGCCACUCGAGGGCAACUACAAUACCUAUGUGAGCGACACCUCGGGCAUGCACGAUGUUGAUCCAACCGACUGGGACCGAUGGUGCGAAUAUAUCUUGUUCAAGAAUAUCAAGCGAGUUGGCUACGCGCGUGUCAGCCGAAGCACGAUUACCGAUACCGAGCUUCAGACCGCGAAGUUUGUUAUUCCACACUCGGACGCUGAGAUUCGAGAGCUAGCAGCUCAGUCUGCCGAGGAUCGCGAUCAUCGCGUAGAGGAAGGGGAGGUUCCUGAAGGAUGGCGAUAUCCCGCCAUGUUUAGAGGAGAUGGAGUAAGAGAUCAUCGAUACCACGUCUUUGACGAACCACGCUACUUCAACUAA